AGAAACGAUGCCAAUAGCUUCAUACUAAGCAAGGAGUCUUGACACAAUUUAAAACUGCUGAAAAUACAGCCUAAGCGCCGGUAAUAAUAUUACAAUGUCAUGCGAAAUUAAACCAAAAACAUUCGACGCAAAGUAUAUCAAUAUUGCUGAUGUUGAUAGCCCUAAAGAGGAAGGUGAUAGAGAUAUUAACGAUGGUGACAUUAAUGGAUGUGUUACUCCGUUGACUGAUCAUGCCAGUCAAAUAGAUGAAAUUAAAGGUGUAGAUGACCAGGUCAGUAAGGCAUCUUCAGAGAAGAAAGUGUUUCGAUAUAAACUUAUGAAGACGAUCCUCUUAAUAGUGACAUAUAUCGUCAACGGUUUGGUAUUGACGAUUAAAUAUCCGACAUUUCCUGAUCUUUGCGAGAGGACUGGCAGUAGUGUCGAAGAGUUGACUAGAGCCACAGCGGUGAGGAAUAUUGGAUAUAUAAUUGGGUGUUUAGUUGGAGGUAUCCUGUUCGAUCGAUUCCGGAAAUUUUGGGAUCUUCAGUUAUCUUCGGGAUUUUUGCUGUUGGCAGUUUCUGUUGCUUUCAAGCCCUGGUGUAGAGGUAUCGUAUCCCUCGCAUUUCUUUACUGGCUUGAAGGUUUAUCUCAUGGUCUAUUUGCAAUAGCUGGCAAUGGGAUGAUGAUAGCCAUAUGGGGAGGAAAUACACCGGCCCCAUUACAGGCCAUGCACUUUGGAUGUAGGAUCGGGUCGUUACUAGCGCCUGCUCUUGCGUACCCUUUUCUUAGCGCUACCCGCGGGGAAGCUCUCUACGCCAAUGCAACCGUACCUAACAACAUCGAGACUGAACUCACAUCUACAUCCAACAUCGAGGUGCCAUAUGUGAUAAUGGGAGGAUUAGGCGCAUUGGCAUCAUUUGGGUAUUUGGUGGUGUAUUUAGCACCACGGCCCCGAGGACUGGUAUUCACGAAUGUACCUAAAGGAAGGAAUUUAAAGGAAUUAUUACAUCCGGGUUCUUUCACCAAUGGAAAUACGAGAUACGGUGUAAUCUUGAUGACGUGUAUGUUCCUGUACUUCUCAAUCAACGGGGCAUGUGGUUCACAUUUUCUAUUACUACAAGCUUCAAUAGCCACCGAGACCUUAAAUGCAACAAAACAGGAAGCUUCACUCAUGCAGUUUGCCGCAAGAGGAUCUGCGAUUUUAGGAAAUUUUAUAGUAAUUCCAGUCUCAAAGUUUGUUCCGAUGCCGUUUAUCGUGUUCGUGAUAUGCCAUGCUAUCGCUAUAGUCAACUUCAUUGCAGUUGCACUGGCGUUAAAAAGUCGUAUGAACUUUGCGAUUCUCGGUGGUGUCUUUGAUUUCUUCUUUGCCUCAAUAUGGGCGUCUGGGAUGGGAUGGCCGGAGAGGUACAUGGAAGUGACUGGUUCAGUGAUUAUGAUAUUUAACAUAGGGAGUGGCGUAGGAUGUUCUAUAAUGGAAUGGGGGAGUGGUUAUAUAUUGCAGUAUCAUGGGGCACAGUCAGUGAUGUGGCUCUGCUCAGCGUUUGCAACUGCCUUGUGUUUGUUGACAAAUGUCACACAAUGUGUGAUGUCUUACCAUGGACCAAAGAAAAGACAGCUAGUCCCUAUAGACAUUGAUUGAUAUAAAUGUUUUGCUUUUUAAGAACUUAAUUAGUGCAUCAAAACAAAAUUGGUGUGUACAAAUACUCAGAUAUAAAUAGGGGUCUUAUUGAGCCGAGUGGACAAAUGGACCAAUAGCCAGGAAUAGGCCUAUAUAUAGAGGCUGUAGCUAUACUUGAGCAAAAUAGAGCCUCUAAGGGCGCCCCUUGGUGAUUUUUGAAUUUCCCCUUCUGUACUAAGGUUCCAAUACCCCCACCCCUGAAAGGCUGAGAGUGUCAGCUUUAAGAAUCUAACCUCCAUUCAAAUUUUUAAAUGCACAAUUAGAU